CCAGUGUUUCCUGCAUGCAGAACUUUCCCUAGAUUUAGGUCAGCAUGGACCUAGCUGACCAGCUGUGCCUAACAGGCACACGUAUGACAAAGUGGCCUGGAUUCAGUGAAGAAUUUCAGGCCACUCAUUUGUGGGAUGAAAAUGUAGUGUCUGACCUCAUGCUGAGGUAAUUUGGGCUGUGUAAUGAGUAAAGACAUAUAUAUGGCUAUACACACUAGGUAUAUAUAAGAGGGCUGUAGAUAAGACGUGGUCCAGUGUGGGAAAAGGUGCAUUGUAGAUUUUAAUCUACUAGGAGGAGAGGCCAUUCAGUGUUUGUAAUGGUUCUGCCUGUAUGUCAGCCCAUGCUUGCUGCAACAAGUCCUUAUAAACUUGUGACUUGAAAGCAGCUUCUAGGACAUGGGCAGAGUCACUGUGAACAUAUCUAGGGGAUUCACAAAAUGAAAAAAGGAGAGAAAAAUGCCAAUGCCACCAUGCUGUGAGCUCAGGCCUUUGUCCUCUUCAAGGAACAUGCUAUUCACAAGCAGCUCUUGUUUUUGAUCCAUGUGUUGAGCACAACAUGUCAUCUGGCUAAUAAUAAAUAAUUGUACUUAAACCACCGGUUUCCACAUCAGAAUACCUCCACAGGGUGGACCUCAGAAUGCCUUCAAAGGGUGGACCUCACACCUACACUGAUAAAUAGACAGCAACAGUGCUGGCUGGAUGCCCUGCACUUCCCACAGCUGGCAAAUCCAUGUUCAUAUAGGCUUUCCACCCCUAUCUCCAUGGCCAAGGAAGCUCCAGCUGGGUUCAUUCCCAGUCCCAUGAUGUUGUUUCCAAUGAGUGAAGAUAGGUGCUAGUUAAUUCACUGCCUUUAUAUUUGACAUGGGGCAGUUCCCAGCCAGACUGUCUGCUUGGUAACCACUGUGGCUGCACAAGGUAAAUAACAUUUCAAUGCUGAAGAAUAUUUUAAAUUUGCUAUAGAAGUUUAAAUUUGAGAGGAAACAAGCAGAAAUAUAAAAUGAAAGGAGUGGAUGUGGUGAGAUUGUGGUUCUGUAGCAGACAGAGGUACAGGUGGAGACUGAUCAGCUUGCACUGCUUCUGUGGGGUGGGCUUGCAUUGGGGGGCAGGAGCCUUUUCUAUGUCAAUCUAUGUCUUUCUAUGUCUUGUGACUUAAUCUCCAUCUGGGGCAAUAGGAAGAUCUGAAGAUGCUCACGGGAUCCAGACUAUGGAUCUAUGUUAUUUAUGGAUUCUUAGAGUUCUUUUCCAGCCUAAACUGUUCUGUGUAUUACAUCUGUGUGUCUAUCCCUGGAAAUGUUCAGGGCCAGGCUGGAUGGGACUUUGAGUAACCUGGUCUAGUGGAAGGUGUCCCAUGGCAGGGGGGUUUGUUGGAGCCACAUGACCUCUCAGGUCCUUUCCAAUUCAAGCCAUUUUUAUCUCCAUUUUCCCCAGACCCCAAAUCCAAUCUGUUUCUCCAGCACCCUCUGCCAGCAUCUCCCACUCGGGAGCACUAAGAUUUUGAGAUGCAGUGUUUUGCAUCAAGUGCUCAGUUUCCCUCCUCUUGGCAGGGAUAGGGAAGGACAAAGCAGGCAAAAGCCCAGAGCAUGCACUCAUUAGCUUCUGUCUGCCAACAAGUUGGAAACAUGCAAUGUUAUACGAAAUGUCUGGCUGUUAUAAAAGGCUUUGGUUAAGUAAUCACAUUUCUCUUGCAUAAGUGCUUGUUUUUGGGAGGCUUUAGCCAAUUGGAGGCUGCAGUAGCAGCACACAGGCAGAAAGCAUGUCUAACCUCUGUGAAUUUUCAUUUUUCUUUUAAUAAUAAGUGAUUAUUAAUCUGCUGAGAGUUGUAUGAAAUCUCUUUAGAUAAGGUUAGGAGGCGGAGACUCCCCAGAGCUGCUUGUAGCUGAACCACAGCUGUAAAACGCUGCCAUAAAGCCUGUGUGGAUUGCUAGUAAGAUGGAUGCUCUACAUAAGUUGAAGAUUUUAGUGAUGUUUCUGUCUCUGGCUACUUUCACAAUCAUGGUGAUAAUGAAUGCUGGAAAUGCCACUGGGACUUUCAAAGGUCUGUUCAGAACAACCCCUGGAAACAUCUCAGACAAGUACAGCACUGAUUUCACACCAGCUGGUUGGACUUUCCUCAUCUGGAAUGUCAUCUAUGGCUGGCAGCUUGCCUGGCUUCUCUACGCCUUGUCAGGGAUCUGCCGAAGGAAUGAGCUUGGAUAUGUCUUCAUAAAGCCAGACUUGCUGCCAGUACCUUUUUAUGUGGCGUGGUGUCUGAAUAAUGGCCUCAAUGUUGGAUGGCUCUUUUUGUGGGACCGAGAAUUCCUCCUUCCAGCCCUGGUGUUCCUGGCAAUCCUCUCUCUUACCACAUGUGCCUGCCUGUUUGUGUCCCACCGAGCCUUGAGCAUCCAUUCUUCAUGGUUUGUGAAGGGUCACAAAGCUGAGCUCUGGCUCAUCCGUAUUCUGGUCCAGAACGGGCUGGCACUGUACGUGACGUGGACCAGCAUCGCCACGCUGCUGAACUUCGCCGUUGUGCUGAUCUACAAGUGGAACGUGCCCAACGAGAAAGCAACCACUGCUUCCCUGAGCAUCCUGGCUCUCAGCCUGGUGAUAUGGUUUUAUCUAGAAAACUACUUGCUUGACAAAUAUGUCCGCUAUAACCUCACAGUCUACCCAGUGGUCAUAGCAGCUCUGGCUGGCAGCGCGUUCAGGAACGGCUCAUUUUCAUCCCCACUGACCAACGAUGCUUUUAUAGUUGUUCUGCUGGCACUGACGUGCUUGAUGUUUGCUGUUCGGCUGGGACUAGUCACAUGGAGACACUGGAAGAGACCACUGGAAGCAUCCCGAGGUCCAUCAGGCACAGUGGCCUGAGACCUCUGGCACAUUGUAGCCAACACUUGAAAGGGAGAAAAAAGAAUUGGGCAUGUGCUGGUCCCUCCUUCCUACAUCAAUUUCCUUGUGCUUUUCUCUCUUAUACUCCAUUCCAUAUGCAGAUAUCUCAUGUCUGCAAAUGUUCCCACAUCCUCUCGGAUUAGCUACGCACAACCCUGUCUUGAUUUCCUUUGGUUUUACCCUGGAAAAGUUCAGGGAAAGGUCCUGUGCACUCCUGUGCACCAUUGUGAUGGCUGGGCUGUGGCCCUCUUCUCCUGCCAGUGCAAGGAGGGCUGCCAACAGGCACCCAGCAGGCUUGCACACACAGUUCUGGUUCUUUCCUUGGUAGCUCACUUUCUUUGAAGUGCAGAUCCAAGUGAACUGUCCCUGGAAUUCCAGGGCAGCAGUGGCAGGUCUGUCACUCCCUUGGCCAUCAGUGCUGAGCAUCCUCAAGCCCUGGUGCUGUCAGCAGAUCUCCUGCAGGCAGCCACUGCUCCUUUUCCUGCUUCUCUUCAGUGUGACAGGAACAGAUACUACAAUUUGGUAUCUACCUUUGCAGUUUCAGCUCUGAUGUUUGAUAUUCAAGGGGGAAGGGGGAGUGACUGAAGAUUUCUGACACAAAUGUGUUGCUUUUCCUUGAGCUGUGCACUGCUUGGGCUGGCUGGAUCUCUCACUGGGGGAGGGUUUGUGGCUACUCUGGAAGGAGGCUAGAUGUACAGAUGAGCUGGUACCUGAUGUGGGGUGAAGCCUGAUGCUUCAAAGGAAGCCUGUUUUAAAAAAAUAAAAACAAAAAAUUGAACUGGUAGAGCGAGUUCAACCCCAACAUGCUUUCUCAUGUGGCUUCACCACUUCUGAGUUGGGAUUAGGAAGCCUAAAACUGGAUUGACUGAAUUUUUGGACCACUGCCUCUCCUUCCUGUGCCUAAUCAAGAGAUGGUGGUGCCUCACAGGUGUCUGGAAAGUCUUUGCACCAGGAAGGUGCUUUCAGAUGUUGAGCAUCUUGCAAAACUAUUAACCAAGUUUAAUUCUAAAAUAACAUGUGCUAUUGUUUACAUUUAGCAAAAACCAAAAGCAGUGUAAUGCAAUUCCUCUCAUCAUUCUGCUGUGUUUUUUGUUUUUUUUAAUUUUCAAAUAAAUCAGCUAUUUCCACCACUGCCACUAACUCUGUAAAUCAUCUAAAACAACUGUUCUGGCUCCCACCUCACUCAGGCCCAGGGUUCCAGAGUGAUUCUGGUCCCUUGCUGGGAUCUCAUGGAUGUAGCUGCUUCCACUGAUGAUCAGGCUUAGAGAUGAAGAGUUGGAGGAUGUAGACUGCCAGGUAUGAUUUAAACUCCUUUGUCCAGCACGCUGCUCAUUAAGUUUCUAUUUUAUAAGCUCUGCCUUCCAAGGGCCCAGCUAAUAAAUUCCCAGCAGCCUCUCCAUAA